AUGUCUCGAUUUUUCAGACAAGCUGGCGACAGCGAUAGCGAUACAGAGUCCUCUGAGGAGGAGCUCAUGUCCAGCGACGAGGAGGGCGCUGCCGCUGCGCCCAAGGCCCCCGCCGCCAAACCUGCCAUGUCGCGCUUCUUGCGCACUGGAGGGAGUGACUCGUCCGACUCCGAUUCGGACAGCGAGGAGGAGAGCGAUGACGAGAGCGAGAUGAGCGGAGACGACGACGAAAAGGACGGUGCGAAGAAGCGCUCGCGCUUCCUGCGCACUGAGAGUGACGAUGAAGACAGCGACGAGGACGUCAAGCGGGUUGUCAAGAGUGCGCGCGACAAACGCCUCGACGAGAUGGAGGCAUGCGGGAAGACGAUGGACAAUGCGCUCAAAAUUAACGACUGGGUUGCGAUCUCGAAUGAGUUCGACAAACUCGUCCGGAUGGUGCAGCGGCAACAAAAUGUCGCCGAGCCCGUCCCGCCAUUCUACAUUCGCACCCUCGUUAAUCUCGAAGGAUCACUGAACACUGCGGUGUCCAAGGAGAAGGAGGCGAAGAAAAAGAUGAACGCGAGCAAUGCGCGAGCGCUGAACGGAAUGAAGCAGAAAGUCAAGAAAGUCACUAAGGAGUACGAGACCGAUGUCAAGCGCUUCCAGACGGAUCCGGAGGCAUUUGAGAAGGAGUAUCAAGCUGUUUUUACUCCCGAGGUCGUUGCCCCAUCAAAGCUCAAGAAGGCUAAGAAAGCGGCUGGCGACAGCGACGAUGAGGAUGCCGACGAUGCGUUCACGACGGUCGGAAAGGGCGGGAAGGCUAUGCAAUUCACCGCAGAUGGUAUUUUUAAAAACCUCCAGCUUGUGCAGGAAGCGCGUGGAAAGAAGAACACCGAUAGGCAAGAACAAAUUCGUAUCCUUGAAAAGCUCCUUGAAGUCGCUGUUACUGCAUAUCAGCGCAUUCGAGUAUUACUUACACUGGUAUCCGCCCGAUUCGAUUAUAAUUCGUCUGUAUCGACGCAUAUGCCUAUUGAACUCUGGACUUCAGCACAGCGUGAGGUAGAUCAACUUAUCGCGAUCAUUAUACAGGAGCCUGGCUACUCUAUCCAAGAGCUGACAGAGGACUACGACGAGCUCGAGGAGCGAUCUCCAGAUACGGAGAAGGAUGGGGUUGUCAGGAUCCGUGGCAGCAUUAUCAGCUUUGUGGAUCGUCUUGAUGACGAGUUCACAAAGAGUUUACAGAAUAUCGACCCUCACGGCACUGAGUAUGUCGACCGAUUAAAGGACGAGAAAGGGCUGUACUGCACCAUCUGUCGCUCUCAGGCUCUGUAUGAAAAAAACAAACAAGAAGAGCCUCUUGGUCGAGUGAUCAUGCGGCGAUUGGAGCACAUAUAUUCGAAGCCAGAUGCUGUUGUCCAUGCACUCGAGUCUGCUGUCGCUGUAUCGGACAUCAAACCUUCGAUCGUCUUGUCUGCGGAAGGAGAAACAUCGUCCCUCAUCCACUCACUCUGCGUUCACUUGUAUAAGUCUAACAACUCAUUCCUGCGCACGCGAGCCAUGCUCAGCCACAUUUACCACUACGCCCUCCACAACGACUUCCACACCGCGCGCGAUAUGCUUCUCAUGUCGCACCUCCAAGAAUCUAUCUACUCCGCCGACGUCGCCACACAAAUACUAUACAAUCGUACUGUCGUGCAAAUGGGUCUUAGCGCAUUCCGUUGCGGCUUGAUCAAAGAGUCACAGGCAACAUUGCAGGAUAUUUUUGCCACUCAACGCGUGAAGGAGCUCCUCGCGCAGGGUGUUCACCAACAGCGCUACCAAGUGCUGACACCUGAGCAAGAGAAGGCAGAGCGUCAACGGCAACUACCCUUCCAUAUGCACAUUAAUACCGAGCUCCUGGAGGCCGCGUUCCUUGUCUCAAGCAUGCUCGUCGAAAUUCCUCUCCUUGCGAGCAUCGAGACCGAGGAACAGAAACGGAAAACGAUCUCGAAAUCGUUCCGGCGCCUCUUAGACUUCGCGGACCGUCAAAUAUUCACUGGCCCACCGGAGAGCACGAGAGACCACAUCAUGCAGGCCAGCAAGGCGCUACAAAAUGGUGAGUGGGAGAAGUGCCGGGAUUUGGUCCAAAGUAUCAAGAUCUGGAGUCUGAUGCCCGAGUGCAACUCCGUCAAAGAGAUGUUGGCGAAACGGAUACAAGAGGAAGGUUUGCGGACGUACCUCUUCACGUAUGCUCCUCACUAUAGCACCUUGUCACUGUCAUUGCUUUCAAAGAGCUUCGCGCUGCCGCUACGCACAGUUACCUCCAUUGUCUCGAAGAUGAUUUGGAACGAAGAGCUGCCGGCAUCAUUAGAUCAGGCAGCUGGAGUGGUGGUCUUCAACCGGAUCGAGCUAUCGCGCACGCAGCAGCUGGCACAGCUCUUGGCUGAUAAGGUCAACAGCAUGGUGGAGCAGAAUGAGAAGGCGCUAGAUGUCAAGCUGGGUCCUGCCGGGUCAUUCCACGACAGAGCCGACGGUGGCAAAGGCGAGAAACGAGGCGAACAAACACAAGAGCGUAAGCGCGGAGGAGAGAGGAAUAGAGGAAUUCGUGGCGGUGCGCGCGGUGGGCGAGGCGCACGUUUCGCGCAGGGUCUCGGAAAUCAGAUGGCAGGGACGCAGAGAAGUCGAUGA